AUGCCUCCUCCCGUUGAAGAUAUGUCCGACGAGGAAUCCGGCGAUAUUCCUUUCAGAAAUGCGCCAGAGACAAAUGACAAAGAUGCCCAAGACUCCCCGGAAGAUGAAGGAGACGAAGAGGAGGAGGAAGAGGAGGAGGAAGAGGAGGAAGAGGGACUCUACGUCGUUGAGGAUAUUCUUCAGCACGACUGGCUUGAUGAUGGAACCCUUAAGCUCUUCGUGAAAUGGAAGGGUUAUGACAAAAUUGAGGACCAUACAUGGGAAGACGAGGAUGGUCUCAUGUACGUCUACGCACUCGUUGAGUUUCGACACAUGCUACACCCAUUUAUUGACAAAGACCAUAGGGACGGAGCCCGCGACAUUGUUACAGCAUAUUACAAGAAGGUCGGUGGUCGCCCGAAGAAGCCUGAAAGUAAGGCCGCAGCAGCAAAACCAGGUCGCAAGCGCAAAUCUAUGGGUGGUUCGAAGCUUCCCACGCCCGCACCGGCCCCCUCAGGGAGCGAAGCCAAGAGACAGCGCCGAAAGUCAGCGCCCAAAGAGACGACUAAGCAAGCUUGCCCUGAGUCCGAAGAAAAUGGCAUUCAAUGGCUUCCAAAGGGGAAGAACUGGGAUAAGGAUGUGAAAGCUGUGGACACGAUUGUCCGGGAGGGUGACGCAGGUCUCAUGGCCUGGAUCGAGUUCAACAACGGACAUAAGGCGAAACUGUCUAUCCAGGUCUGCUAUGAAAAGUGCCCCCUGAGAAUGCUCAAGUUUUACGAAUCGCACCUCGUCUUCAAAGAUAAUUAA